UCGUUGCUGUUCUUUUCUCGAACCGCAGGGCAUUCCUUCUACCUCUUUGGAGGGCUUUGGGAAUGUUUGACCGAGUCCUGUCGUAAAGUUCAGAAGCCUCCCUCCUACAUAAACAACUUCAUCGGCUCGGCCAAGAUAUCAAGAUACCUCGGGAAGGAGGAGUACGGAUCAAGGCAUGAGAUUCUUGGGAAGAAGGGUGAGGCAGUACAACAGAACCGACGCUCCUCGCAUGCGAUGGACGGAGGAGCUGCAUCGGUGCUUUGUCGAAGCAGUCGAUUGCCUCGGAGGAGAAACGGAAGCAACUCCAAAGAGAAUUCAACAGUUAAUGGGCGUAAAAGGAAUAAGCAUAUCUCAUGUCAAAAGCCAUCUGCAGAUGUACAGAAGCACGAGCACCCACUGCGAGAAGAACCGAAGCACGCAACGGGAAGCACCGCGGCACGACGUCCUCAUGGCUUACAGUCUGCCGAAGCAGAGAGCGGACGCACACCUCGGUCUCACCCGUUCAAUUCAAUCGCCGACGUUUGAGGAGCUGCUGAGAGACUGGGCAGCAAAGAACAUGGCCUCCAUCUUUCCAAGAGACACGUUGACCGAAGACAACAGCCAGCUACUCCAGCUCGCUUAUUCUCAGCGAUCGCCGCCGAAGGAGACCAACCGCGAGCCGAGCUUAUCGUCUUUUGCCUACCGGAAUCAGAGAAGCUUGGCAGACACGGGCGACCGGGGAUCAAGUGCAGCAAAGAAGCACGUAAACUUGGAGCUGACCAUCUCAUCACCUGCCUGUUCCUGACACGAUGCUUGUAGUCAACCAUACAAGUUAGCAGAAGACGAGCAGAUCCACAAUGUUUUCUUGAAUCCGCUUCGGACGACCCGAAGGAUCUAAGAAAGAUUGUUUAGAUGUUCGUAGACACUUGUAAAUUUGUUGUAGCCCUAAAAACAAUAAUUGCAUUUUGAUCAGUUUAUGCGACUCCUAUUGAAAUCUC